UGCGUAUCAUUUGUACCGCACGAGCGCCAUAACGGCUUCUGAGCGGACACGUUAGUAGUCGUAAUAUAUAGCAUUUCCUGUCACCGUGCCUUCAGUAUAAACCGCAAUCAUAAUAAGACACCCCGAACGGGGAUAACGACUGCGGAAGAGACGCCGUGACCCGCAAACCUGCGUCAAAGGUCGGCAUUCUGAAUGAGACGGUGUUGAUAAGGAUUAUUACUUUACUCUGAGACUGACUCAGGACUCAUAUGGAGCAGUCGGAUGGUGGCAGGGCCUUGUCAUUUUGUGGCAACAAAAGCAACGCCUACAGUGUGACAAAGGGCGUACUGAACAAUCCCUGCUUCGUGGAUGCUCUCAACCUGGUUCCUCAUGUCUUCCUGCUCUUCAUCACCUUCCCCAUCCUCUUCAUUGGUUGGGGCAGUCAGAGCUCUAAAGUCCAGAUCCAUCAUAACACAUGGCUUCAUUUCCCUGGGCACAACAUGAGGUGGAUCCUCACCUUCUUGCUGCUAUUAGUCCACGUCUGUGAGUUUUCAGAAGGCAUCGUCUGCAACAUUAGGGUGAUGGGUACCAACCACCUCCAUCUCUUCAUGCCAGCAUUCAUGGGUUUUGUAGCAGCCACAACAUCAGUCAUUUACUACCACAACAUAGAAACAUCCAACUUUCCCAAACUGCUGCUUGUCCUUUUCAUCUACUGGGUGCUGGCGUUCAUCACAAAGUCCAUAAAGUUGUGGAAGUUUGCCGAGGACAAAGAUGCAUCACAGUAUCUCAGGUUGUACAUCACUGCACUGUUAGUGAUCCUGUAUGGACUUCUGAUGGCCGUGGAGAUCAACGUCAUCAGAGUGAGGAAAUAUGUAUUCUUUGCCAACCCUCAGAAAGUUAAACCACCAGAAGAUUUACAGGAUUUGGGGGUUCGUUUUCUGCAGCCUUUUGUCAACUUGCUGUCAAAGGCGACAUAUUGGUGGAUGAAUCCUCUCAUUGUCGGAGCCCAUAAGAGGCCUAUAGAGCUGAAGAAGAUCGGCAAGCUGCCCAUCGCCAUGAGAGCCCUCACCAACUACCUGCGGCUUAAAGACGCCUAUGAGGAUCAGAGGACACCUGAGGACCCGGAUAGAUCUCCGUCGAUCUGGCGCUCCAUGUAUCGAGCGUUUGGCCGUCCCAUCCUGCUCAGCAGCACCUUCCGCUACUUGGCAGAUCUGCUAGGCUUUGCUGGGCCCCUCUGCAUCUCUGGGAUCGUUGAACAGCUGAAUUGUGAAAAAGAUCCAGUAGGCAACAACACAAUGGACACCCAUUUCGAGAACUACCAUAUGUCUUACAGGGAGCUUCUGGAGAACAGCUCCAUCCUGGCUGUUCUUCUCUUCCUGGCUUUAAUCCUGCAGAGAACCUUCCUUCAGGCCUCGUACUACGUCACCAUUGAAACAGGCAUCAACAUGCGGGGAGCUCUGCUGGCAAUGAUCUACAACAAAAUCCUGCGCCUAUCCACCUCCAACAUGUCAAUGGGGGAGAUGACGUUGGGGCAGAUCAACAACCUGGUUGCUAUAGAAACCAACCAGCUCAUGUGGUUCCUCUUCCUCUGCCCCAACCUGUGGGCCAUGCCCGUACAGAUUGUGAUGGGAAUAAUUCUGCUCCGUCACUUUAUGGGCCCGAGUGCCUUGGUAGGAGCGUCUGUCAUAGUUCUGCUGGCUCCGGUCCAGUACCUUAUAGCUACAAAGCUGGCAGACACACAGAAAAUCACACUGGAACACAGUACAGAUCGUGUUAAAAAGACCACUGAGAUCCUAAAGGGCAUAAAGUUGUUGAAGCUGUACGCCUGGGAGAACAUCUUCUGUGACAGUGUGGAGGAGACCAGAGGCAAAGAGCUCACCAGCCUCAGGACCUUCGCCUUCUACACAUCCAUGUCCAUUUUCAUGAAUGCUGCUAUUCCCAUUGCUGCGGUUCUAGCCACAUUUGUGACGUAUCACAUCCUUAAUGAAAAAGGCCCCAGUCCUUCUCAGGCCUUUGCAGCUCUGUCGCUGUUUCACAUCCUGGUCACCCCGCUCUUCCUGCUUUCCACUGUUGUCAGAUUUGCUGUGAAGGCUCUGGUUAGUGUUCAGAAGCUUGGUGAGUUUCUUCAGAGUGAUGAAAUUGGAGACGACAGCUGGAGAAAUGGUGACAUAUCUGUUUCCUUCGAAGCUGGAAAGAAACCCAUGGGGAUGACCAAAGCCAUCAACAGGAAGCAGCCAAUGCGCUACCAGAUGGACAACUAUGAGCAGCCAACCAGGCGACAGAUGAGACCCUCGGAGACGGAGGAUGUAGCUGUAAAGGUCACGGGUGGAUCCUUCACCUGGGGAAAUAACCUGUUGACGCUGUCGGACAUCAACAUCCGCAUCCCAACAGGUCAGCUGACAAUGAUCGUGGGCCAGGUGGGUUGUGGGAAAUCCUCCCUGCUGCUGGCCAUGCUUGGAGAAAUGCAAGCCAUCGAGGGGGGAGUCUACUGGAGCAAGCAGCCUGAUUGUGAGGUGAUCCACGAGGGGAACAUAAGUUGGUCAGAGGCAGAGGAGUCUGACGAAGACAUCAGGAGCAAGAACAGAAACUCUGUUGCCUACGCUGCCCAGAAGUCCUGGCUGCUCAACGCUACCGUGGAGGAAAACAUCACCUUUGGCAGUCCGUUCAACAAACAGCGGUACAAAGCAGUGAUUGACGCCUGCUCUCUGCAGCCAGACAUUGACCUGCUGCCAUUCGGAGACCAGACUGAGAUUGGAGAGAGAGGCAUCAACCUGAGUGGAGGGCAGAGGCAGAGAAUCUGUGUGGCCAGAGCUUUGUACCAAAACACCAACAUCGUCUUCUUGGAUGAUCCAUUCUCAGCACUCGACAUCCACCUCAGUGAUCAUUUGAUGCAGGAAGGAAUCCUUAAAUUUCUGCAGGAUGAUAAACGAACCGUGGUUCUCGUCACCCACAAACUGCAAUAUCUAAUACAUGCAGACUGGAUUAUAGCGAUGAAGGAUGGGACAGUCCUGCGAGAGGGAACUCUGAAGGACAUCCAGACUCAUGACGUUGAACUUUAUGACCACUGGAAAACCCUGAUGAACAGGCAGGAUCAAGAGCUGGAGAAGGACAUUCAGCAGGACAGUCAAACAACACUUGAGAGGAAGACGCUGAGGAGAGCUUUCUACUCCAGAGAGGCCAAGAACCAAAUAGAUGAUGAAGAUGAAGAAGAAGAAGCCGAGGAGGAGGACGAUGACAACUUUUCCACGACCACCAACAGAAGGUCAAAGAUCCCGUGGAAGGUGUGCUGGUGUUACCUGUCUUCUGGGGGGUUCUUCAUGGUCUUCCUCAUGAUUUUCUCUAAACUCCUGAAACACUCCGUCAUUGUAGCCAUCGAUUACUGGUUGGCUAACUGGACGUCGAAAAUCAGUAACAGUUCAGGAACAGACAUGUUUAAUGGAACCAGACCCACCACCAGUAGCAUGAACGGCACCAACACCACAGUGCAGGACUCCUACAGUCUGCUAGUGUUCAUCAUCUUGUGCGCGGCUGGAAUCACUUUAUGCCUCAUCACCUCCCUCACUGUGGAAUUUCUGGGUCUUUCUGCAGCCACCAACCUGCACCACAACCUCCUCAACAAGAUCAUUCACGCUCCCAUCAGGUUCUUUGACAUCACUCCUUUGGGGCAGAUCCUCAACAGAUUCUCAGCUGAUACCAACAUCAUCGACCAGCAUAUUCCUUCAACGCUGGAAUCUUUGACGAGAUCCACGCUGCUCUGUUUGUCAGGCAUCGGGGUCAUAGCCUCAAUCACUCCUAUUUUCCUGGUCGCCUUGGUUCCCCUGGCUGUGGCCUUCUACUUCAUUCAGAAAUAUUUCAGAGUCGCCUCCAAGGACCUCCAAGACCUCGAUGACUCAACACAGCUUCCUCUGCUCUGCCACUUCUCUGAGACUGCAGAAGGUCUCACCACCAUACGAGCUUUCAGACACGAGGCUCGUUUCAAACAGCGCAUGCUGGAGCUGACCGACACCAACAACACAGCGUACCUGUUUCUGUCUGCUGCCAACCGCUGGCUCGAGGUCAGAACGGACUACCUCGGAGCAGUGAUUGUACUGGCAGCGGCGGCGGCCUCAAUAUGGAGUUUCCAUUACGGGCUUCAUCCCGGAGGUCUGGUGGGCCUCGGCCUCACCUACGCCCUCACUGUCACCAACUACCUGAACUGGGUUGUGAGGAACCUGGCAGACCUGGAGGUUCAGAUGGCAGCUGUGAAGAAGGUCAACAGCUUCCUCAGCACAGAGUCGGAGAACUACGAGGGCUCUAUGGAUGCCUCUCAGGUCCCUGAGAACUGGCCCCAGGACGGUGAGAUAAAGAUCCAGGGCCUGUGUGUGCGCUACGACCCAAUGCUCAAACCAGUGCUCAAACAUGUAAACGCAUACAUCAAACCAGGCCAGAAGGUGGGAAUCUGUGGCCGCACAGGCAGCGGGAAGUCUUCUCUGUCGUUGGCUUUUUUCAACAUGGUGGAUGUUUUUGAAGGAAAGAUCAUCAUAGAUGGGAUUGACAUCUGUAAGCUUCCUCUGCAGACUCUCAGGUCUCGACUCUCGAUCAUCCUCCAGGACCCUGUCUUAUUUAGUGGAUCAAUAAGGUUUAAUCUCGAUCCGGAGAAGAUGUGCACUGAUGAUCGACUCUGGGAGGCCCUAGAGAUCGCUCAGCUCAAGAACAUGGUGAAAGCUUUGCCUGGAGGACUAGACGCUGUCGUGACAGAGGGAGGAGAGAACUUCAGCGUUGGGCAGCGGCAGCUCUUCUGUUUGGCUAGAGCAUUCGUCAGAAAGAGCAGCAUCUUCAUCAUGGAUGAAGCCACAGCAUCUAUAGACAUGGCCACGGAGAACAUCUUACAGAAAGUCGUGAUGACGGCGUUUGCAGAUAGAACAGUCGUAACAAUCGCACACCGUGUCCACACCAUCCUAACAGCUGAUCUGGUCAUUGUGAUGAAGCGAGGCAACAUCAUGGAGUACGACAAACCUGAGACUCUUUUGGAGCAGGAGGACGGGAUGUUUGCCUCGUUUGUCAAAGCUGACAUGUAGGGACACGCGGGACCCAACGGCUGACAGCCUGCUCAGUUUCUUGGUUUCUUUUUGUUUUUGUUUUUUUAACCUGAAUUAUUUUCUUGAUGAGGUGAACAGCCCUCUGAGAGACUACGGCACUGCGGGGAAGCCAGUAACAUACUGUUUCUGCGAGAAGAAGCUUCCCUGUGCACUCACCAAAAGGAGACAGGGUCAACUGUCAGUCAGUGGGUUUAAAAGCCAUACUAAAGAAUGAGUCCAUCGAUUGGUCUAUCCCAUUUUAUUUUGUUUGAAUUUAUCAAAACCCAAUAACACAAACCACGACAUUACCAGUAUUCUGACUGGAAAGCUCAUAGUAAUAAUAAAGAUAUAUCUUAUAUGUGAUGGAUGGCUAAUGCAAACUACAAAUGAAUAUAUUUUCUCACUUGUCUCAUAGAAAAUCUAAAGAUAUUUUUCCACCUUUCAAGAUUUCUUCAAGAUCUCCCUUCUAAACAAGAAGAUAAGCAAUAAAUAUAAUGCUUGCGGAGCUCACAGUAUUAAACAGGCAGCCAGGCAGAUCUUACCUGUGCUCUAAGACUAAGAAUAGUGAGAACAGUUACUAGUUAAUAAAGAACUGAUAAAAAGCAAACAAAUUAAAGGUCAUCAAGCAAAGUUAUUUCAUUUCUUAUUGCCAGUAAAUCCCACGAAUGACCAAACCUACUAUAAAAUAUGCACUCAAAACAUACUAAAUAAUGCAACCACAAAUACAAAAAAAGCAAUAGAGUCUUAAAAACUGCAGUUGUGACCACUUGAUGCUGGCUUCAAAAAAUCUCCACAGAUCCUGUGUUAAAAUGUCUAAAUUUACAAAAAAACCAUGUUGAUAAAGCGUGUAUCCCAGAACGGUUGCCUGCAGUUGCUGAAAAUUGGCCACAAAGAGGUGUACGGAGCUGCACUGACAACCGCUGUGGUUGCUUUGGUCUGUAGCAGAUUGCUGCAGUUGCAGGUUGUGCAGCAGUCAAACUGUGAGGAAUGCGAUGAAGACUGCAAAUGACGACUGUUCACCUUCAAAGUAAAAGUUGUUCCUUUUGUUGGUUUUGGCAGGACAAGUCAACAUUUGCAAUGCAAAUCUUCAAUUCUAGUGACAAAACAAAUGAAUCAGGGGCAACUUGGAGUUCAGCAUCUCGCUCACUUUUGACAUGCAGACUGGAUGAGCCAAGAAUCAAACUACCAACCUUUUGAUUGGUGGACAACCUGCUCCUCCUCGUGAGCUAAAGUUGGCCACAUGAUAGGUGUCUAGGACUAUACGACCCAUUUAAAUUGUAUAUAUGUUUAAAGUUAGGCAUUACUAGAACUAGAACUAGACAUCUCACCCAUGUUUAUGGCAUUGGCGUCUUUUGGAUCUGAUUUUUCUAUGUUUGUAUUAAACUUGUGGAUGCACUUUUCUAACCAAGCUAAUAAGCACUAGCUGAUAGCUUUUGGCUCCAUAAAAAUAAUGCUAAAGCCAUGACAUCACGGUUGUUAUAACUACCAUAUUUAUAUAAAAUCUCUCUGAGAACACCGAAUAUGGAUUACCUGCCUUAACAAAUGCACUGUUACCUCUUUUUAACACAUUUUUACACCAUUUUAAAUGGAUUUGAAAGGUUUUCUUUAACAGAGUUCCUGGGAGUUGAGGGACGCCAUAGUAUUAAGACAGAGGCUAAUAUUAGUUGGUCUAUUCAUGGGAUUUGUAGACAGUAAGAAAUACAUUCAGUUUAUUAAAUAGAAAUUAUGGCUUUGAGAUUUCAUUUCAGGCGUUGAGGCUGUGAAAAGUGUAAAAUGUAAAGAUUUAAUAGUUGGAGAGUGAACAGAAGUGUUGUUUCAUAUUAAUAGAAUUUUUACAGUCUUUAAUUAUCUUGUGUAAAAAAUUUGUUACUUUUUAGAUCAUGCACCACCUCUAUUUAUACUGACUAGCACCUGUAUUAUGCAAUAAUAAUGAUGGAAGAUUUUUUAAAUGUAUUUAAAAUCCUUUUUAAAAAUGACUGUUGGCUCUUUGGCCAUUUUUUUUCCAAGUAACACAGUGGAAGGAUUUUAAAUCGACCCUUUUGUAUUCUACGCUACUUUUUGACUUUAAGUUCUGCCAUAGAGGUAACACUGAUAGAAAUGACAAAGCUGAUGGAAUCAUAUGGUUUUAUUAACCAGUUUAAGGAUGCAUUUAUAAUGAUAAAUAACAGAGCUGAUUGUUGUGGCCCUUCUUUGACUGAACAUGUGUUGCCAUUUUUCACAUGAAAUGCCAAAAAUGAGAUGUCACAAAUGACCAACAGGAGUUUCCAAAGUGAAAGCUGGAUCUUCUAUUUUUGGCCUACUUUUCCUUCCUCCCUGUUCUAUCAGUUGUACGUCUAUGCCUCCAUUAGUACAAACACUGUAAGGUGUCACGGCUCGGCCUGCAGCCGGUGAACCUGCUGUCUGUCUGCGGUCAUGCUUUGCUGAACUUUUUAUCCUCGGGGACAAUAGAUACCCAGCGUGGCUCCCGUUAACUCCAGAGAUCCUUCAUGGAUGUUUGAGAGGGUAAUGAUGUCUUUUUUUUUUUUUUUUUUUUUCUUACUGAAGAAGAGCAGUAACUAGCAGUAACUUAAUAAUACUGUUAAUCAAUUCUAGGGGCUGAAAUUUAGAGCUGCAUCUCUAUUUCUGACAUCAAUAAUGAAAGAUUCGUAAUAAAUUGGAUGAAACCAAAUUAGAGCCCAUAGGAGAGACUGAAUUUUAGACUUGCAUUCACAAGAUGAACAUAAAGAUGAGUCCAUAUAAUAAAAAAAGAGCUUUUGCAUAUGGGAGCUGCUCCCAUCUCUUUGAUGGGAUGAUAUCAAGACAUGUUUUUAGCCAGUAGUAAAAUAAUGAAACUUUAACACAUGAUCACUGUUUUUAUCAAACUGAUUGGAUUCUUCUUGGAAGUCCUAGCUAACACUUUUAGUUUUAUGUGCAAUGGAUUGUGUAGUAGGUUUAGAUUUAAUGUUUUCAUGUAGCUUUGUUUAAAGCAUCGAUUAAACUAGGAGAGUGCAUUUUCUGCUGGAAAUCCUGUUAGAGGCAGACACUUUGUCUCUGCAUGCAGAGUUAUGAAGGCAUUUUACAUGUAUAUUCAUAACCAUAAGCCACCUUUAAAAAGUGAAAAAUGAACAUUUGAUAUAUAAUUUCUUUCAUCUGUACAAAAAAGUUGUAAUGUUGGCUAACUGACAUCCUAAAAAAGCUUAUUGAUGGGUUCUCGCUCGGCAUGUGUAAUUCAACUAAUGUGGAUCAGGUCUCAUAAAAUUUAAACUAUAGGAUGAUGUUGUGAGCUGUUGUACAUGUGUAAAUGUUAUUUUAGUCCAUUGCUAGGUGGUUGCUAGGCAACGUAAUGGCAUCACAAUAUCUGACAUGGAUAAGAACCUUCGGGGGCCGGAGAUGUACCUGUGAGCCAAGUUUGUCUGCCCGACUUCUGUUGCUCUGGGAGGGGUUUGUGGACAAAGAAUCAAACAUGCAGACAGAGAUGCCAGAGUCCCUUCUUUUGCAUUGAAAGAAAAAUAUUUGGGAGACAGUAUCUCAUAAUUAUGACUGUUAUCUCCCAGAUAAAAGAAAACUUCUCAUCAUCGCAAGAUAAUGUACAAUAAUAGAUAAAUGCAACAGAAACGUGCCUGACAAUGUUCACACUGUGCACUGGGACAGGAAAUGGAACCACUUCAUAAUAUGCUUGGGAACUGUCGUGUUUUUAAUCAUUUUGAGAUUUAAUAAGCAACUUAGUGAUGGUUAUUGCAUCUGUUGGUUUCAAAUAAUAGAGAGUCAAGAUUCUUUGUAACUGUCAUUACAAUGCAAGUUUUCAUAUAAAAACAGCAGAAGUCGUCCCUUUCUGUAGUUAAAAACACACACGCAACAUGCAUAUCAAUGAAUUAGUAGGCUAUUAAGCAAAACUAAAGAAGCUAUUAAGCAAAAGAAAAGGGUAAUAAGUUUUUUGAAUAUUUAAAGUGUCAUAAAUAUAAAUGUUAUCCAAAGGAAACGAGCUCAUUGCAAUCACUUUGCGCUGCCACUCCUGUGCUCUCAAACAUAAAAAUGACUGACCAACACUUUACGGAUCUCAAAUUAAGUGAUAAUAAAUCAUACCUGUGAGCCAAGGUCUCAGCUUUUGGGUGAUAUUUUCAGCGCACAGCAAUUGACAACAUGUAGUUACAGCUCAGCAUUCAGUGCAUUUCUUUAGAAUAUGUUUUCCAACCUCUCUGGGAGCGGUGCUAUUGUCCCUUUGUAUUGUUGUAUAUUAAUCAGACUUACUUUGCUUUUGGACUAAAUUUUGAAACUUUGUACUGUACAGUGUUGAAUGCCAAACAUGAUUUUUCAGCCUUUUCUUGUUUAAAUAAUCUUACGUUUCAUCUCAAGAAGUUGUCACUUAAGCUUUUGAACUUUGUGGUUUCUCAUUUUACAACUUGUUUCAAUAUAUAUAACACACGCGAGGAUUACCGUCACACUUGGUGAUCACAAGCUUCGCCUGCACUUUUCUUUCCCCUGACAGCUUUAACUGUAACACUGAAUGUCUUUGUUGUUUUAUAGCUUUAUAUUCUGUCCCUGCAGUUCUUCCAAGUCCUCGUCCGUCUCCUCUGUUAGCGAUCGAGUACUCUUCCUCUUCUUUGAUCCUCGUUCAGCUGCACUUUUCAUGCUCUUGGCCACCGUCACACUCAUAAAUCCUUUGUUUUCCUUGCUGUGCUUCGAUGCUGCUCCUGUUCUGAACCUGCACACGGUUGCCUUGUAAACUCAUCCUCUCACACCCCAAACCACUUUUUGUCUUUGAAGCUGACAUUUUACACCAAGAGCAAAAAAGCAGCGGUCCCAUUUUUCCACGUUACACUUUGCACAGGUUUUUUCACUCAAAGAAUGUCUCUUUUCGAUCAGGUGUCACGUGUGUUUUAGUUUUGGGGAACAAACAAGUACAUAAAAACAGCGAACAGCGGGUAGAAAUGCAAGGGAACUGCAUGUAACUCAUUGUUGCAGAGAGCUUUACUUGCUUUCAUGAAGUUGACUGUUAACAGAGAGCAUCUUAAAUACUGACAUCGUUCUCACAGAUCAGUUUGGAGAUGGUCAUUUUUUUCUGUAUGUACAUUCUGUAUGUAGUAGCCUGUAUAUCCAAGGGUUUAAACAUAUAUAUAUAUUAAA